AUGUCGACGAAAGCGCUCAUACCUGGGAACUCCCAGCGGGCUCGCUCGACGGCUCUCAACGCCUUCGAGCGCUUCGCGGUCGCCGAGGGCUUCACCGUCAACGCCAUCUAUGAGUUUGUAGGUGGGGAUUCAACUGGCGAUACUCUCUACAUUGUUCUCGACAAAUUUGCAGUGUAUUUAGCAUUUAAAGAAAGCUCGAAGGGCUCGCUGCUAUCCAAGAACUCGGUCGCCCGCUACUUUGGCAACGUCAAGAACCACCUACUCGAGCUGUUUCCAGCUUUAAGUGCUGUAUCGGAUCGUCGGCUGCAAAAGAUUGCGUCAAUCCUCGACAAGUACUGCUCCAAGCGAGGCACAGACUUUACGCACCAGGCCCCACUGUGCACGAAAAGCGACCUGCGCUCGCUCAGCUUAGCGAUAUUGAAGGGGGCUGUAUCUGUGCAGGACUACCAGGAUGCAGCCCUUCUCAACAUUCUUUGGUAUUUGCUGGGUCGGUCUUCAGACACUAUGUGUCUCGUGAAAAACCAGGUCGCUGUUUACCCUGGUGGGUGUCUAUUUAUCACCUUUAAGCGCAUGAAGUCUGCCUCGUAUCAAGGAGCGUCGAUUUUUCACGACCCAAACGAUUUUUCGUCUUGCUCAAUUCACGCACUAGCUUUGGCUACAAUUAUGCAGUCGACUCCAAGCGAGUUUCUCAUGGAUCAACUUCCUCGGGAUACACAAGAGCUCCUGCCGACUGAAAUUAGCGAAACGCCGCUCCGCGAACUACUUGAUGCGCGUACCAGGUCCCCAGCAACCUCCAACUCUGAGUCGCCGACCCCAAAAGCACCUGCGAAAAAAGCGACAGUCCCCGGAAUUCACGCGUAUGUUAAUCGCGUACUGCAGAAGUGGAGUGGUGUCUGCCAAACCGAUGGUACUAACCUGACGCCAGGGCUAUCAUCGCAUUCAUUUCGGCGUGGAGCUGCUCAAAACGCGAAUAGUGACAGCAAAAUCAGCACACCUUGGAUUCUAGACCGUGGAGGCUGGAGCAUGAGUGCUGUGAGCAAAGCGUUCAAUUAUAUUGUUGGCACGACGCAGGAAGAUCAAACCGUCGGCAAGUCGUUAGCUGGAUGGGAUUUAAAAGCUAGUCCGCGGCUACCUACACUGGACGACUUCGAUCCUCUGGUUCUGCAUCGAAUUCGCCUACUUCAAGACCGGCUUUUCUCGGCUGCGAAGGGGUUCACGGAGAGACUCAGCUUGCGAGAUGAUGUAGUGGACGUACUUACCGCCACCGCCAUUCUCCACUACCCCGACAUGCUUCGGCUUAGGCCAGAGUCACUGUACAUCAAACGGGUUCAAGAAGUACUAAGUCAGGUACAGGCGGCAGAGGCUGAAAUUGCUGCAUGGUCAAUGGCUAUUCAUCGUACCUUACAGCCGUCCAAGAACGACACUCCACGCAGUCCGGCACCACGGCGUGUUGAAGACAACGAACUCUUGCGGAGGCAAACCUUGCUCUCGGAGCAGCAGGCGCAGAUCCUUGGAGGGCUAGCAGCCGAAGUGAAGGCAUUGAAUCAGCGGGUGCAGCGGCUUGAGCACCCAUCGGACGUAACCACCGCUCCGUCGACAACAGCAGCUGGUAGUCUGUCGAGCUCGUCCAGCGCUUUGUCGGAUACUGCAAGCGGCGCGGCAACUCGUGCGCAUUCGCGUGCGAAGCCAUUCGCGACUGUGUGGUACGAGUGGUUUCUGCCCCCGUUGCCAAGCGCGCGUCCAAACCGGCGGCGCUAUCACGAGUGCAAGGUGGCCGUGGCCUUUAUGCGGGUUUUUCUCCCAGCCGGAUACAACGUGACCGGAGAUGAGGUCACAGCAAAGGGACGCAUCCUGAGCUCAGGACGGGAGGCCGAGGCAAACGUUCUUGCUUUCCUGGAGGCUGAGAACGUCAAAGCAAAGUCGCAUGGCACAAUUGUUAAGGUUUUGAAGCGGAUGUAUGCUCAAGGCAAGCUAGACGACCGCAUCAGGAAUUACCAGCGACUUCAGCAGGAAGGCAAGGCUCUUGAAGAUGCACCGGUGCAUGUUCUUGAGCCCUACAACAAUCACAGCACAACGUAA